UAGUAUUUUUUUUCCAGAUCCCAAGAUAAAAAUGUUUGGGUUGGAACUAAUCUUACUCCUGGGAUUUAUUGUAUCCUGCAGUGCUGGUAUCAUCCAGGACGAUAUUAUCUAUACUGGAGAAGAGGAACCAAGAUUCCUGACCAAUUACACCUCCAGUCUUCUAGUUGUGAAUACAACCUUACUGGCUGUUGCUGGUGGAGGAAUAAUUAUAAUUGCAGUUGCGGCCGCUAUUCUGUACUACCUCAUCACACAACCUCAGAGGAGAGAAGACGUUUAUGGAGAUUACCAAUACUACAGAGGGUUCCAGAGUUCAGGAUCUUCUCCCUUUGACCUACUGACCCUCCUGUCCGUUGCCACGGAUAUUUACGAGAAACUGGACUACAACGAUGUUGAUUGUCAGAAGAAGGUUAUCUGUGAGUUUAUGAAGGAGCCAGAAAUGUUCGGAACUGGAGCAAGUACAGUAAAGUCUGGAGUACAAAUGGCAACCAAGUUUCUGGAGUCCUGGGGAGUACCAUACUUAUCAGAGAUAACUGAAGCAACUACACUUAAUCAGGAUGAGAGGAGCUGUGAGGUGAGAUACCAGGAGUGCAAUGAUAUAUCCCUCAAGGAGUCCUACAACAAGUCAGCAGAGAAGAUCAAGGGAGUUCAAGCUAAUCUAGUCACAGCUAAACCUGAAGCUGAACCUGUAUCCGAGACUAAACCAGUAGAGAAGGUGGAGGAGUAUGAAUAUGAAUACUAUGAUGAGAAAUAGUUUAAUAUACAGUUUAAUCUCUUAUUGUGAUACUAUGCAUACAGAUCAUACAUAUAUAUCUUUACCCGUCACCUUGUUAAAUAUAUUAUUGUUCAACUUAAAA